AUGCCGGGCGCCAUAGACCAUUCUCCGCAAACCGCGCUCAGACCGUCGACAGACACUCCGACUGACGCGCUUCUCGCUUGCGAUCGCUUGCUGCCGUUCGCGACGGCGCCGCUGGAGGCGGAAUACGCGGUGGCGCGCGAGGAGAUGGGGCGCGGGGAAUUCGGCGUGGUGCGCGCGUGCAUGGCGCGCAGCAGCGGGCAGCUGUUGGCGUGCAAGUCGGUGGAGAAGGCGCGGCUGUGCGGGGAGCGGCGCGGCGAUCUCGAGAUGGAGCUGCUCUGCAUGGCGGCGCUGCCGCCGCACCCGCACGUGGUGCGCCUCGCGAGCGUGCACGAGGACGCGCGCCGCGUGCACCUCGUAAUGGACCUCUGCGACGGCGGCGACCUCUUCGACCUCGUCGCGCGCGCCGGCCGCCUGCCCGAGCGGUGCGCGGCGGUGGUGGUGGCGCAGGCGGCGAGCGCGGUGGCGUGGUGCCACACGCACGGCGUGCUGCACCUCGACGUCAAGCCCGAAAACCUCCUCCUCGCGGGUCUCUCCGCCGCGCCGCUCCUCGCGGACGCGCGCAGCGCGGAGGCGGCGCUGGCGCACGUGAGCGUGAAGCUGGCGGAUUUCGGGCAGGCCGUGGCGGUGGGCGCGGGGGGCAGGGCGCGCGGGCUGGCGGGGUCGUCACUGUACAUGGCGCCCGAGGUGGUGUGUGGGCGCGAGUACGACAGUGCGGCGGACAUGUGGAGUGUGGGCGUGGUGUUGUACGUGAUGCUGGCGGGGUACGUGCCCUUCUACGGCCCCGACCUGCCCCACGUGUUCCUCGCCAUCUGCCGCGGCCACCCCGACCUCACAGGCGAAACAUGGGAGGGCGUCUCCUGUGAGGCGAAGCAGCUGGUGCGCGCGCUGCUGUCUGUGGACCCUGCUGCACGCCCCUCCGCGUGCGACCUGCUCUCCCACCCCUGGCUCACCGCCCACGUGCGUGGAGCCGCGGCAGCAGCAAAGGCGGCGAGGGAGGCGGCAAGGGCGGCUGUGGGGGACGUGCUGGCACCCCUGGCAUGUGCCUCUUCCACCUCUGCUUCCACGGCCGCCAUCCCUGCCUGCCCCUCCCUCCAUGCUGCAUCGUCCUCAGCUUCUCUUCAGUCUACGGCUCACUUGGUUCCUUCUGCAAUGCAAGAAGCAUCGGAGUCAUGCUCCAUGGAUAGUGAUUCACUGACAGCAGUGGCAGGCUGCAUGGCGCCUCACCUGAUGGACAGUGCAGGGAGCAGCGGUGCAACAAGGAGGCCGAGGAGACGGCUGUAUCGGUCUAGAGCCGUUGCAGACAUGUGCAAGUCAAGUGCGCAAAGCUAUUUGGGAUGCACAAUUAUGGGUUCGCUGACAUCUCCCAUAUGUGUGCAUGCCAUGGCGAGCAGGUUGCAGGCAUCACAUGGUGCCGGAGGUAAGCCCCACCGGCACGAGGCAGCAUCUGAGGCCUCAAUGACUGCUCAACAGCAUGCGGCCCAGCAGCAGGGGGCAGAGGCGGCACACGAGGCACGGUCAGGGCUGACAGGCAUGCUGGCGGGCAUCCGUGAAAAGAUGGGACACGCUGGGGAGGCGCUGCUGGGAGGGACGCACACGGGCACAGAGGAGUCAGCGCAGGCCCCAAAGGUGGGCGUGUCCCACACUCGUGGCUCUGCAGGGGUGGCGGGUGGGCGGGGCUACGAGCAGGGCAAGCAGGCACCAGACAGCGCCUCCGCUGCUGCUGCCAGGGGGGCUGGCACGGUGGCUGGUGUGGCGAGGGGUGCUGGGGAGGAGGCAGGGCGAGCAGCAAAGGAGGGCACUGGGGCAGCAGCACGCGGGGCGGGGACGGUGGCAGGGACUGUGCAAGGGUUGGCAGAGGAGGGGGGGGCUGCGGGGAAGAGGGGCGUGGAGGGGGCAGUGAGGGGGGCGGGGACGGCUGCAGGAGUGGUGCAGGGCGCAGCAGAGGAGGCAGGGCACGUGGCGAGGGAGGGCAGCAAGGCUGCUGCACGCGGGGCAGGGAGUGUGGCUGGUGUGGCGAGGGGUGUGGGUGAAGAGGCAGGCAAGGCGGCUAGGGAGGGCAGUCAGGCGGCAGCCAGGGGGGCGGGAACAGUGGCAGGGACAGUGCAGGCAUUGGGGGAGGAGGGCAAGGAGGUGGGCAAGCAGGCAGUGGGGAGCGCAGCGAGGGGGGCAGGCACAGUGGCGGGCACGGUGCAGGCGCUUGGGGAGGAGGGCAGGGAGGUGGGGAAGCAGGCCAUAGGCAGUGCUGCAAGGGGUGUGGGGGCAGUGGGGGGAACAGCGCAGGCAGUGGGGGAGAUGGCGAGCGAGGCAGCGAGUGAGGGGGUGAAGAUGGGCGCACGGGGGGCUGGGGGGGUGUAUGGGACGGUGCAGGGCGCUGCUGAUGUGGGCAGCCACGUGGCAAGCGAUGUGGGGCAGCAGGUGAAGGUAUGUGCUGCAUGCUGUGUGCUUCCUCUGCACUGCUUCUGCUUCCCUUGCCUCCCCUCCUUCCCUUCACUCUCAUCGUUUCACUUGCCCUCCUCUGCCCUCCCCACUGCUCCCAUGGUGUGGCAGCAAGGCGCACAGGUGGCAGCGGAGGGAGCAGCGAGGGGGUUGGGCACGGCAGCAGGGGUGGUGGAGGGUGCGGGGGAGGUAGCAGGGCGUGCGGCACUGGAGGGAAGGCGGGAGGUGGGGGACGCAGUGGGGGCAGCGGGCGUGGGCACAGCACAGGCAGCCAAGGGAGUGGUGGGGGGAGCAGCACACGCGGUGGGGACAGCAGCAUCAGCGGUGGGGGGAGGGGCAUACGACACGGUGGAGGGCGUGGGGCAGGCCAUAGGCGGGCUGGGGCUGACCGUGGCAGGGGGUGUGCAGAGCGUGCUGGGGGGGGUGGCGGGCGCGGUGGGGGGCGGAGUGCAGUCGCUCGUGGACUCCGUCAGGGGCGCCCCCCACGCCGUGGGAGAGGCGGUGCAGGGGCAUGCGCAGCAGGUGCAGGCAGAGGGGGGAACAGGAAUUGAGGGGAAGGGGGCGGAGGAUGUGAUAUCACGGCGGGUGGACGUGGUGGAGGGCAUGCGCAUAGGUGGGGAGGAUAUUGCGGGCAUCGCUGGUGCUGCAGGUGUGCCGGCAGGGGACAGUGAGGGGGUGGAGGGGCCGCGUGUGAUAGUGGUGACCGAGGACAAGGUGGUGCGUGAGUAG